AUGUCGGAUUUGAGCAAUAUCACCGACCCCAGCGCCGGCACCGCCAAGGCGGUUUCCGGUCAGGGCCUCGAGACCUUCCUCGCAUCCGUGGGAGUCUCCGUCGCUGUGGCCUUUGCUCAGGUCUCUCUAUUCCUGCUCCUCAGGAACAAGCUAGCAAGAAUUUACAAACCCAAGUCCUUCUUGGUACCCGAGAGAGAGCGGACCGAACCCCCGCCGGCGAGUCCCUGGGCGCUCAUCAGGACCAUUAUGAACUUCAGUGACAGGGAGAUCAUCAAAAAGUGUGGUUUGGACGCCUACUUCUUCAUGCGGUACCUCAAGACCCUCUUGGUCAUAUUCGUCCCUCUGGCCUGCAUAAUUCUGCCCAUCCUCUUACCUGUCAACUUCAUUGGCGGCUACGGCAGGAAUUUGUGGACGAAUUCCACCGAUGCCGACUCCGAUCCCUCGAGCAACACCACUGUCGUGGGACUCAGCACUCUGUCAUGGUCCAACGUCAGGCUAGAGAAUGCCGACCGCCGCUGGGCACAUCUCAUGCUGGCACUUGUGGUCAUUGUCUGGGUCUGCUUCGUCAUCUUCUCCGAGAUGAGGGUGUAUAUCAAGGUGCGACAGGACUGGCUGACCAGCGCUGAACAUCGGCUGAGGGCCUCUGCCAAUACUGUGCUCGUCUCGUCCAUCCCGGAGAAGUGGUUAUCUGAAGAGGCGUUGAGGGGGCUCUUCGACGUGUUCCCAGGCGGAAUUAGGAAUAUCUGGCUGACACGCGACUUUUCCCCACUCCUUGAGAAGAUUAAAAAGAGAGAAGAGAUCCAUCUGCAGCUUGAAAGCGCAGAAAGUGAUCUGAUUCGCAAGUGCAAGAAAAACCAGCUGAAAAAGCGCGACCAAGAAGAGAAGCGGAGGCGGAAGGAACUCAGAACGAAUAAGCCUACCAAGGCUGAGAAAUUACAGAGGCAAAAGGACGAAGACGAGGCGGCCAGGCGUAGGGCCGAGACGGAACAAGGCAUCAGCUAUGGAGACCACGAGGAAACCCCUCAUAAUGCGGAGCAGGUUGCUGCGGAAGGCACCGAGACUAACGAGAUCGAGCCUCACCGGAACGGACCGACGCUGAAUCCUUUCGCAACUGUUCUGGAUGGUGGCAUUUUGAAGGUCGGCCAGGGGCUCAAGGGUGGUGCGAACAAGCUUGGUAAAGCUGGUGCUGGCUUGGGUGCUGGCUUAGUGGGUGGCAUAUCGGCUCUUGGCCAUGGUGUCGACAACGAGCUGGAAAGAAGCGGUGGUUUCGAGUUUGUUAAGCCAGGAGCCGGACCCUCAGCGAUUCCAGAAAACCGAGCCGACGAUCGCCCCAACGGACCGACAGACAAGCGUGUGCAGAUACUGGUUGACAAGCCAAAGCAAUCGUUUGCAACGGAACGCAGCCAGACCCCAUCCGAGCCUUAUGGGAAGGAAUCCAUGCAACAAGAGCUUCACCCCACGCACUAUGGAAACACGGUUCGCAAAUUAGAAAACGUUGAAGACUUGUAUGUGAAGGAAGAGACACGAUGGUGGCAGUUUUGGAAGCCGCCAUCGGGGGGAUACGCCUCACCCGUCCCGCAGGGUGCCGAGAACAACGAGUACCCAUUCACCGACCAGAGAUCGCUGUGGGCCAAGAUCAAGCAGCAUAUCCCUUUUAUGGGCGAGGAAGAGGAAAAACUCGAAUAUCCUCCAUUUGUAAACCCCGGACAGGAGGAGGAUUACCAGGAGAGAGCCGGCGCUGAGUGGGAGAAAUGGAUCAAGCCCAAGGACCGCCCGCACCAUCGACUUGCUAUAUUUGAAUGGACGCCCGGUUGGCUUCCAGGGCUGCCCUUGCUGAACAAGAAGGUCGACACUAUCUACUGGUGCCGGAAGGAGCUUGCUCGCUGGAACGUGGAGAUCGAGGAGGACCAGAAAAAUUCGGAGCGUUUCCCUAUCAUGACAUCCGCCUUCAUCCAGUUCAACAACCAGGUCGCAGCCCACAUGGCCUGCCAGAGUGCGAUCCACCAUAUACCCAAGACGAUGGCUCCGAGGGUCGUUGAAAUUUCACCAGAUGAUGUCAUAUGGGACAACAUGGCGAUGAGCUGGUGGAUGCAGUGGACACGAGUCCUUCUCGCCUGUGGCUUUGUGUUCGGAAUGAUCAUUCUGUGGACUUUCCCCGUUGCGUUUUCCGCUGGUCUCGCUUCCAUUGAUGAUCUCAUCUCUAAGUACGAGUGGCUGAGUUUCCUCAAGGUUAACGAAAAGGUACACGACUUCGUGAAGUUGGCCGCAGGUGUCUUGCCGCCCGUCCUCCUGGCUGUCCUCCUGGCGCUUGUGCCUCUUAUCCUGGGCUUCGUCGCAGAGUUUCAGGGCGUCAAGACAGGGUCGUCAAAGUCGGAAUGGGUGCAGACCUAUUACUUCUUUUUCCUCUUUGUGCAAGUCUUCCUAGUCGUCAGUGUUUCGACGUCAGCCAUAAACACGCUGCUCGCCGUUGCACAACACGUUGAAGAGCUGCCGACCAUCCUCGCCCAGAAUCUACCAGACUCGGCCAAUUACUUCUUCUCGUAUCUUGUAUUGCAGGGUGCCUCUGUGAGCUCUGGAACCCUCCUACAAGUAGCGGGCUUGGCCAUGUGGUAUAUUCUCUCGAGACUCUUCGACAACACUGUUCGAGCCAAAUUCAAGCGCCAGAUUUCGCUGCCGCAGGUUAGCUGGGGUUCAUUCUUCCCUGUGUACACCAAUUUCGCCUGCAUCGCCAUCAUUUUCUCCGUCAUCGCGCCGCUCAUGACGGUAUUUGCCAUUAUCAACUUCAGUAUGCUCUGGUGUGCUCAUCGUUACAACAUGCUUUAUGUGACCCGCUUCAGAACAGACACAGGUGGAGUGUUGUACCCAAGGGCGCUCAAUCAGACGUUUACAGGACUUUAUGUCAUGGAGAUAUGUCUACUUGGCCUUUUCUUGAUUCAAUCAUCGACUUGCUACCCGCAGGCUAUAAUCAUGGUCAUCGCCGUGGCAUUAACGGCGCUCUACCAAGUAUUUUUGAAUCGCGAGUUUGGUCCUCUCACGCGGCACCUUCCCAUCACCUUUGAAGACGAGGCGGUUUUGAGAGACCAGGCCUUCCAGAAAGCACAAGACCGACGCUUAGGGAUCAUUACCGACGAUGACGAGGCAACGACUCUCCGCAGCAUCAAGAGCUACGACGAUAAGGACAUCGAGAUGCAGGACCUGGAUGGCAACGGUGGCAGGGCCCCUCACUCCCAGAAUGAGCAUGACGCAUCACCGAAGACUCACCGCAAGAAUCUUUCCUCUGGAGGAGGCAGUCUCCGCUCGAAGCUGAUUAACCCUGUCUCAACACUGAAGCACGCCGGGACCUGGGCGGUGCAGAGUGGGAACACCAUGAAGAACGCUACUCUGGGCCGAGCCGAAGAGAACCUCAAGACGGCGGCCGAGUAUAGGCGGCAGCGGCGGGGAAAGGAGCUCGAGGCGCAGCGCGCGAUUGGUGAGGCGCUGUACGGAGGUUUCGCAGACGAAAUCGAGGACCUCACGCCUGAGGAGCGCAACCAGCUCGUACAGAAGGCCUUCACGCACUCGGCUGUGCGCGCGCGGAGGCCCGUGGUCUGGAUCCCGCGUGACGACCUCGGUGUGUCGGACGACGAGGUGCGCCGCACCAACGACUACAGCGAGCACAUCUGGAUCAGCAACGAGGGCACGGCUCUCGACUCAAAAUGCCGCGCCGUUUACGGCCGCGCCCCGCCCGACUUCUCCGAGCUCGACCUCAUCCAGCUGUGA